UGGUUGUCCGGCUGUUAGCCGUUAGUUAGCUGUAUGUGGCUGUAAACACAUCAGUUGUCAAACAUGACACAGUUUGAUAACUCAGCUGACUUGGACUCUUUUAUUAAAGGGGUGGAGGAAGAGUCGCAGACUAAAUUUAUUACAUUUUCUGUGGACCGCAAUUACAAUGACAAAGAUUGGCAACCUUUACCUGGGAACCGGGUGUACUGGCAGUGGGCUGGAGGUUCUGGGAUGCCUGCCAUCGAAUUCACCGGGAUCCCGUUUAUGUUUAUGGGGUUUAAAAGGCUGGUCUGCCAUCGAGGCAAAGAUCUUGCCGUAGCCCAGAAGCAGAAGUACGCUGAGGAAAAGGCUAAAAAAAUGAUGUUGGACCACAAUUUUGGCAGUCAGAGGCUUCUUCGGCAAGUCACAAAAAAGGUGGGAUGCCCAGCAGCCAUAUCGAUCAGCAAAAUUGCAACGUUCCCUAAAUUCAAGGUGGAUGAAAAUAAGGAGAGGAGUAGGAAGACAGCCUCCAAGAUGCUGAGAACGGCCUUAGAGAGAGAUCCGAUCAUAUGGAAAACAUGCUACACUGUCACGAAGCCAAGUGCACAUUCUGGACAUGCAGUGGGAGAAGCAGCAAUAAAAGAGUCGUCACACAAUAAACGGCUCACAAACAAGAACACGCAGACUACAGACUGUGAUUUCCCUCGUCACAAACGUGCGAGGAAAAUGGAGCUGAGGAACAAAUGCGUCAACCUCACCCAACUAAUCAUGGAGAAAAUUUAUGUCACCGAGGACCAACACAUUCUUGAGGAACUUUCAGAAAAAUUAAGCAUCCUGCUCAAAGAAUUCACACCUCCGACCAGCAGUGAGGACGAGAUGCCGCUUCAUCUGGAAGAAAAGAGAGUCAAAAUUUCAUCAGUUAUUCCAACCCCUUUGUCACAGAGGAGCCCAAAAUCCAGGUACACAGACAGAGUGGGUGCUCAUGCAGACAGCAUGUGGGGAGCCCACACAGUGCCUGGACCUUUUUAUACAGUUAAAUUCCUCUAGUUCUCUGCACUGUGGCUUUAAUAUUCACUGGAUUUACUUGUUUUUGUGUAGGUCCCGUGUGUGUAUAUUUCAGAUCACUCCUUUUACAAACCUUUACAAAAACCAAGCCUUUCUUACAGGUCACAACUUGAAUUUUUUACUCUGCAAGGAGAAAGUAAACAUUGAGUUCUUGAACUGCUCUGCUGCGCCUCUGAUUCUUACCGCUUGCUUCUACACCACCUGUGCUCCUGAGUUAGAACAUUUUUUCAUGUCAUUGUUGUAUUUUGAGCAUUAUGCCCUUGAGUGGAAUUAACAUUAUAAACGUAUAAUUUGCUCAAAUGUUUCUUUACAUUACAGUUUUUCUAUUAGGCUUAUCUGUAUCAGGAUCACUUGUUGGGUAAGUUAUGCAGAACCAAAUAAACAGUGGUGGAAUAUAAUUUGGUGUUUUUACCAAGUAUCACACCUAAGUACAAAACUGAAGAACUUUUGGCCGUUUGACAGCUUUAGUUAUUUGACUAGAUUCUGACGUACAAAAUGUGUGAAGAGCUUGUGAAAUUUUGUGUAAUGAUUUGCUAUAGAUUAAAUUGUAUAUAGAAGUAGAGCUGAAACAGGUGGUUGACUGACUAAAAAUUAAUUUUUUAACUAUGCUGAUAAUUGUUUAGGUUAUUUUUCAAGUAAAAUACAAAAUUUUAAAACUUUUCAAGUGUGAGAUUUGCAGCUUUUCCCUUCAGUGACGUUGAUCAUUUAAAGGUUUGGGCUAUUUGUUGGACAAGGCAAGGAUUAUGAUGGUGUCACUUUGAGCUCUGAGAUUAUUUUUAAAACUUUCACAAGCCAUUCCUCAUAGGUGGGUCUUCCAUAUAUGUAUGUGAACUGAAAUGUCGGGCAUUUUAGCUGCCGAGGAACCAUUUGAAUGCUUAGAUCAUCACGAGUUUCUUGAAGGCAAAUCAAAGCAGAGCACAGGGUCCCUUUGGCUGGUCCAAUCUAGCACUAGAAUAUUUCUAAGAAUAGAUUAAAAGAGUACAGGCCUUUUUAAAGUUGUGUUUUCAAUCAGUUUGUUGAGUUUUUAGUCCUCGUCCCUGCCGUUAAAAGCUAUCCUCACUCCCUCCUUGCUCAAAAUGCAUGAUGACAAAAACCAAAAGUAAUUAAAAAGUAUGUAUUUAUUAUUAAAUUAAAAAUAAACAUCUUACAAGGUACAUGUACAGAAUAAACACGGCAUUAUUGCUUUUCUAGGUCAC